ACAACCUGCCUAAGAGGGACGCGGAGGGAAAGGGAGCAGGACCGGAGCGAUGGACGGGAAAGUGAGAUGCUGCUUUAUGAGCGGCCGGUUACUUCCUAACACUUCUUAACACUGCUGAAACAUUGUGUCUUAUACGCGCACCAAGUACAUAAAAAAGCAGAUUGCUUUUGUUAUAAAGAGGACAGUUUUACUGUGUGAGAGAUUACAGUUGAAGGAGGGGGAAUUGCGCUUUCACUUAUCCACAUUUGCUGGGCAGCAUUUAUUUCAUUCAUCGCCGUGCUGAUGCGGCUCGCCAGCUCGUCGCAUCUACAAACGGACACACUCUGUCAUCACGCUUGCAGUGCAUUUCCAGCAUUAAUGGUUCGGCCUCAUUUCCCCGACUUAUACCAUUAAUGCUGUCAAAAAAAGAACCCAUGUUUCUGUAAGCUAUUUAGAUUAGGAAACCGGGCGUCUGAUGAGCAACUUGGCAGGAGGGGGGUCGCCUUGAUGGGUGUUGAAUUUAACAACGAGCCGCUGAGCACAUCGCACAGAUUUGCCAGAAGCAAAGAGGCACCAGACUGCCUAAAUUUCGCCUUUUCCUCGGAGGGAUCGGACGGACUACAGCGUGGGAUCGGGUGACUGCCUGUCAGAUUAAGGAGAGCGGAGGGGAGAGAGAAAGGAUUAUGGCUCUCGUUUCGGUCUCUCUCUUUCUCUUAACGCUCACCUGUACAAACUUCUACCUGGUGCAAGCGAAUAGCCGACAUGCCGUACACUGGAACAGCUCCAACAUACACCUGAGAAGAGAAGGCUAUACAGUCCAGGUGAGCGUGAAUGACUACCUGGACAUCUACUGCCCCCUCUACAAUGGCAGCCAGCAGGGGACAAUGACAGGAGAGCAGUACGUGCUCUACAUGGUCAGCUCCCAUGGCUACCACACCUGUGACCCGAAGCGGGGCUUCAAACGGUGGGAGUGCAACAAGCCACAUGCCCCCCAUGCCCCCAAUGUGCCCAUCAAGUUCUCCGAGAAGUUCCAGCGCUACAGCGCCUUCUCCUUGGGCUACGAGUUCAACGUGGGCCAUGACUAUUACUACAUCUCCAAGCCCACCCACCAUAAUGACCACAGCUGUCUGCGCCUGAGGGUGUACGUCUGCUGCUCCACCCCACCUCACAGAGAUGACGACUCUAACGCGGCGAUGCCAGACUACACUCUCAGGCCCAACCUCAAAAUACACAGUAUGGAAGAGUUUAGCCCUGAACUUCCCAGCCUGGACAAGAGCACCAAUGGCAGUGGCUCCUCUCACGACCGACUGCUGCUCAUCCUGGCCACCCUCUUCCUGUCCACCCUUUCAGUCUCCUAGCAACUGUUUCCCCAAGCAGGGUCGUGUGGGCACCAAGCAAAUGACUCCUUGAAGAGUUUGACUGAAGGGGCCUCUGAUUUAAAGAGAGGAAGGGUGUAAUGCCAACGCACUCAAUCAGAAGCAUAAAGGAGGAGAGUAAGGACUAAACCAAGAAACUGAAAAAGGGGGAACAGAAUACCAACCAAACCAAUCAGAGCAAAGAACUGAAGGAAUUAGAAUAUUAUCCUAACCAAUCGGAAGGAAUAAAGAGAUGCAAAUCCAACCAAUUUACUGAAAAACAGGACACAAACCAAAUUAAUGUUAAAAUGAAUGUACAUCAAUACUGCAGAAUGGAAGGUUGUGGUUUGACCAUCUAACACAUCAGCAUUUAUUUCAGAUGGCAAUGGCAAAAAUGCAUUAGUGUCAAAAUAUAGACAAAAAUAAUUGAAAGAAAAUAGCACCAACUUGCAAAUGAAUGUAACUGAGCCACAAUGAACACAAAUCCCUGUUCUUUCACCGCUCACCUGAUGGCUGCGAUGUUGCAGUACGUGUGUGACAUGCAAAAAUCAGCAGUGUCUUAACAAAUCAUGAUGUUACGCAUGUUGAAAUGCUGAUGCAUGAACCAGGAAUGUACGCAUGCGGGAUGGGGAACAAGCUGGUUUCCUGACCUGCACAUUUCUAAACCAGAUUCAAGAUAAACUGAUUGCGUGUAAAAUUGUUGCCGCUUAGGCAGAGGUGGCUAUUGCUGUGAUGGAUGGUGUGUUAGGCUGUGCUGACCUCUGUAGAUCUAUGCUCUUGUUUUCUUAGCCUUUGGAUUUAAGUGAGCUCCGUAAUGUUGGCUCUGUGAUGCCUCAAACCCUAUGAUUACCUGGAUUUGAUUCUUUUGUGACACUGUGUUCAUCCAAGUCCAUCUAGGCGACUGAAAAGAAACAUAUCGUGACCAAGUUCACUAAAAUGAACCUCACAGUGAUCAUCUGACGCCACACACCGACAGUCUAGUUGACUAAAAUGUGAAACACAGAGGUGAUCUAUUUGACUAAGAUGAACCACAGAAAGACUGUCCAGUUCUGUGUAAUGAACCUCACCAUGAAAACCUGAUUGUCUGAGAUGCCCAGCACAGUGAUGGUAUUAUUGAAGUGAACCGAGUAAUGACAGUAGAGUACACCGAGAUGAACCACGUGGUAACUGUGUGAUCAUGAUGAACAUACUGCAUAUUACAGAACAGAUGACAUCUGUGGUGCACUAUGAUGAUAUAAGUUGCCUUCACUUUAAAAAGGUUUUACUAAUUUAUUAACUUUUUUUAAGCCUUUGGAAGCUCCUCAGUGAAAUUACAUAAGCUCCUUCAGUGACAUGAACACCAAGGUCCUAAAGUGGAUUUAGCUUGUAGCUAAUGCAAUUGCCAUUGUUUUUUUCUGUUAGAAACACUGUUUAAAGUAAAGAGAUUUGCUUGCUCUAGCUAUGUCCAUGGGUGACAUUGCAAAGUAUGGGAAGUGCUUUUGGUUCAACAGAAUGGAGACUUCAUAACAUUGAUCAGAUAUUUUUUUUUACCUAGCUGGAGACAACAGAGAUAUAUGCACAGUGUAACGUUUGGUUUAAGGUCAUGGGUAAAAUGUCCGAAGAGCUUCCUCCUGCUGUUGGGGGGAGGUCUACAAUGUUUACGGAAAAUCUGGGAUGUCAUUUAUACUCAUGCUUGUGCUUAAUAAGCCUGAGUGUGUUAGACAAACAUCUGUUCACCUAAAUCUGCUCUGGGAAUAUGAAAGAAACAUCGAAACAUCACGUGAUGAAUGAAAGUUAAGUUGUUCUGAGGCUGAAUCUGUCACGGUGACUUUGUGUAAGGUAGCAGCCUGCAAACUGUUGUCAGCGGAAACAAUAUUUUGCUGCAGAUUAUUUACUUUUGAUUGCCUUUGUAAAAGCUUAUCUUGCUUUCUCUUACUGUAAUAUAUUAGGAUGUCAACUUUGCUGUAACAUACCAUGCUACCAACUGUACAAAGUGUUAUUUUACCCAUCUUGGCUGUGCACACAUAUACCACAUAUUAUGGUAUUGUUCUCUAACAGGAGGACAGUGCUAAUGUAGCUUUACUGUACCAGCCUGUGCAGAGCUGAUGGCUGAAUAAAAUGGGGUGUUUUCCUAUGUCUCACAAGUCAGGGCAGUGUGUACCAGCACAGCCUCAAAUUUUGGUAAAGAGAGAGAGAACCCUGAGACCAACAUAGGGCAUACAAAAGAAUGUACAUAACUGGAGUAACUUGAAAGGCAUGUGGUGCUGACGCCUGUCUGGACCUGAAGAUGGAUUUUGUUGUUUUCCCAGUUAUUUUAGUAUAAGUGGGAUGGAACUUUGUCACGGGACAUUUGACCCCGGGACUCAUAGAGGAAGUGUGUGGAGUCUACACUUCGAACGAGAUGAAAAUGUACUUAAUGUCAUCAAAGAGCGUGUGUGUAUGUGUGUGAGUGUAUGUGUGUCUGUGUGUGUGGCUUUUUUUUAUGCUUACAUAAAUAUCUUUGUAUGUCGUUACCAAACGUGCAACAUGGUUCAGAAUGAUGGGAAUUAAGGUUGUCCAUUUAUAUAAAUUAUAUGUAUUUGCAUUAGAAAGUACAAAUAACCAACAUCAGUUUCACUAUGAUGGGGAAUAAAUAAAAGUAUUGAAGAGUAUUGUGAUUGUUA